GAAGAAGGAGGGAAGGAAGGAGGAAAAGAAGGAGGAGUGAAGGAAGGAGGAGGGAAGGAAGUAGGAGGGAAGGAAACCAGUGGACAGGAUAUAGAUGGAGGAGAAUUUGAUGCUGAGUUUAUAGAUUACGAAGGAGAUAAAGGAGGAACUAGCAAUAAACAAGGAAUGGGUGAUAAAAAAGGAUUUGGGAACAAAGGAGAAACAGAAGACCAAAAAAUAAAGAACGAUAAAAAAGACAUAGGCGAUAAAGUAGGAACGAGAGAUAAAGGAGAAAUAAGUGAUAAAGGAGCCAAAGGGAAUGGAGGAACGGGAGAUAAAUUAGGAACUGGUGGCACGGGAGGAACGGGAGGUAAAACAGGAACGGGAGAUAAAGGGGCAACGGAUGCUAAACGAGGAGCAAGCAACGGGAAUAACUCUGGCAUCCCUUUUGUAAACGAUGCUGGAAAUAAAUUAGCUGGGAAUAUUGAUAAUGGGAAUAAACAUGGUAAUGAUGGUGGGUGGCAGGGAAACACACCUGGGAAUGGCGGGUAUGGUGGAGAUGGUAUCUCCAACACUUCUGUGUCGUCUCCAGCAUCUCCACCACACAUUCUCUUACCCACCACAACAACAACAAGAGCAGCACCAACACCCACCACCACCACGACCACCACUACCAGCACUACCAGCAUCCUCACUACCACCAUCAGGAAUGGUGAUGGUACUUCCGGAGGUACUUCCUGCUGCAAUGGUGGUGUUUCCGGUGGCGUUCCCGGUGGGAAUAGUGGGGUUUCCGGUGGGAAUGGUGGGGUUUCCGGUGGGAAUGGUGGGGUUUCCGGUGGGAAUGGUGGGGUUUCCGGUGGGAAUGGUGGGGCUUCCGGUGGUGUUUUCGGCGGUAAUGGUGUUAUCAACGUUCCCAUCACAGUGCCUAGCGGCUUCAGCACCCCACCUUCGCGCCCCGUCCCAGGGAUCACGGGUACCUCAGGGGCCACUGGGACUUCAGGGACCACGAGCACCUCAGGGACCAGGAUCAGCAUGAGUGGAGUAGGGCUGCCCCUGGCCCAGGUCCCACCUGGCGUACAGGUCAUCUCUGGACCCGACGGAGAGGUCGCUGUCUUGAUCCCGCCUGGAGUCAAAUGGAAGGACGUGAAGGACUCCAUCAGGGACAAGAGUUCUCGUGACACGUGGCGAAACAUCUUCAGGGCGACUAGAAACCUUCGCCAACAGGAGAGACUACGAGGUUCUCCCAGUAUCAGCGUGGCACCUGUGGACCCGGCACUGGCGGCACCGUCCCAGGUGACGCUAGCGGCAGUCCAGCAGCUCAUCAGUGACAUGCCUCUCCCUCGCCUUCAGCAGACUCGCAGACGCCUGCAGCAGCUGCUGGCGCAGGCCCGCAGGAGCCAAUUCAACAUGAUGCUGAAGGUGAGUGGGGGAGUGCUGACAUCUCCCCCGGCAGGAGCCACGCUUCUCACAUCUACUGACGGUACUCAGGUGGUUACUCUCCCCAACUCACUCAAGUGGAUGGAUGUGAAGUACUCCUUCGCCACCCCUCAGGAGAAAAGCCUCUGGAAGCAGAUCUUUAAGGCCCGUGACGCCAACAGGAGACUAAUGCAAGGAAACCUAACGGAGAUCAGGCAGAGCAUCUGGCUCGUCGCUGACCAAAUCAACAAGAUGUCAAAAGGAAAACUCAAGUCAGCUAGAAGAAGACGUGUAAGAAACCAAAUAAAGAGAAUCGGAAAUAAGUUGCUCCCUAGGUGGAGAAGCGGAAAGAAUAGAAAAUUAAUUAAGAAUCGAACGAAAACGAAGAAAAACUUCCAGAAACGUAAGCAAAUUAAAAACAUACUUAAAAGGCUAAAGAAAAGAAGAAGGAAGAGAAUACGAAAGAAUAAGAAGGGUAAAUUAAAUAAAAAUCUAAGAAAUAAUUUCCCCAGGGAAAAGGGAGACAGGAAAAAGAAUGUGACCAGUACUGGGCAACCAUCACAAAGAAUAGAUAAUGAUCACAAGAACAUGACACAUUCUGGAAAUAAAACUGCUAAUAAAAGACUGAAUAAGAGCAAUGAAAAUAAGACCCGGAGGAUCAGCAAGAGAAAGAGAAACAAGAAAAAGAGAAAUAAUCAUAGGAUAAAAGGUAAGAUCAAAAAUAAAAAUAAAAAUAAGAAGUUCAGGAUGAUCAAGAAGAGGAAAAACAAUAAAAAUAAGAACAGAAGAGUCAACUGGAAAAACACCAAGAAAUACAGAAAGAAGAAGAAGAAGAAGAAGAAGAAACGUAAGAUGAUACAACGAAAGAGAACGAAGAAGAACGAUCCUAGAAACAAUCAAGUCAUCAAGAAUCACUUAACAGACAGCAGAGGUGUGGAUAGAAAUGUCAUUUUUCCUCCAGUAUUGUCAUCAACAGCAGCAGUCACUGGAGCGACACCAGACUCCAGACUCAGAAACCAAAAUCUAGCGAAGAAAGGUAAAAAACUAAAUAAACAGAGGAGGAAGAGAAAGGGGAAGAAAAGGAAAAUGAAGAAGUGGAGCAAGAUGAAGAAAAAUAAACGUAGAAAUGAAGCCAAAACAAACGGAUCAACAGACAGACCGUUAAAACUAAACAACAGAAACUUUGCUUCUGUAACUAACAACAGAAACGCCAAACUAAAUUACCAAAAGGCCACAGCAAAUAAAAAUAGAAAGAACAAGCUUAAGAGGAGGAAAAUGAAGAAAAAAUUGCGAAGAAAGUAUAAGAAGAAGAAGAUUGACGACCGUGGCAGCGGUGUGUUUACACUUGGGGUUCCAGGAAGGCUGGAAGCAGGGAGUGCUGGAAAUCCCAUACCCUUCCCCUACCUCCCUGGUGUUCAGGGAAGAGCGGUGGCAGGGGACGCUGGAAGCAUCUUAUCCUCUUACCUCCCUAACUCUGGUCUCCCUGCGACUGACCUUAGGAAAAAUCACCAUCAAGUACAAGUUAACUGGCUCCUUCCUAAGAAUGACCUUGUUAACCAACUCCCUUCUAAGAAUGACCAGGUUAACUGGCUCUUCCCUAAGAAAGACCUGGUUAACCAACCCAUUUCUAAGAAUGACCAGGUUAACUGGCUCUUCCCUAAGAAAGAUCUGGUUAACUGGAUCUCCCCUAAGAAUAGUCAGAUUAACUGGCUCGCUCCUAAGAAUGACCAUCUUAACUGGCUCUCCCAGAAGAAUGAUCAGUAUGACUGGCUCGCCCCCAGGAAGAAACACAAUAAUAAACAGUGGAAGGCUAGAAAUAGCAAAUGGAGAAAAUGGAACAGGAAGAAGGCGAAAAAGAAAAAUCAGGCCAGUAAGAAAAAUAAGGCAAAUAGAAACAAGAAGAGAAACAGAAGAAAUAACAGGGACUUUAAUACCUCUCUCUUGUUUUGAAACAACAUAAACUGAGGAUGGAUUGUGAAGGAUGGAUUUGCAUAUUGUGAAGGACUUGCCUGCUGCAGUGUUCUUCCUUUCUCAUGUUCUUAAACAAUAAGAGAGAGAUAACAAAUCAAAGGCAAAAGAAGGAAGAGCGUGAAAAAGGAGAACUUCAGCGAUGUAGUAGAGAGAUCAAUACAUGUGUAGAUCAGAACAAGACAAUGUUCUCUAAAGAAUUACUAGACUGCAGUUCAUCUUAAUUCAUGCCAGACACCGAGAGUCACAGUAUGUUAUACGUACUGAGGUAUGUUUGUAGAUAGGUGUUGUUAGUGAGUGUGUGUGUGUUUGUGUGUGUGUGUU